GGGGUGACUCAGUCGAUUCUGAGAACUUGAACUUGGCACUCCUUGACAGACACAAUGAGGAUUAAUCAUGCGUGAUGAUGACUCAGAUAUUUUGCUAGUGAUCCACGAGGAUGGUUUUGUUUUUCCAAAGAGCCUGAGCGAUGGCUAGGAAUCACAUUCUGUUCUUAGCGCUGUUCUUACAGCUGGUGUUCCUCAUUCACUUGAGUGAACAGUUCAAAGAUCCUUUACAGCAACAUAUUCUUGAUCAUGAGGAUGGUAACCAUGAUUUGAGUAACUUGGAAUUUCAACAAAUUCUAUUAGAAUAUGAUAAAAAUGGUGAUGGAGAACUGUCAGCCCAGGAAUUGUCAAAAUACUUUGAGGAUACUUUGGUAUCCUUAAAACCUGAAAAUGAUAGGGGAGGUUCUAAUGAAAAGCUACAGAAAGGUUCAGCUGGGAAGACAGGCUCAAAGCAGAAAUCUCCAAAAACAGCACAGACAUCACCUACCAGCAGUGGCUCUGAAUGGAGUGUGAAACAGAUUGUUGGGGGUCUAGUAGGAGUUGUUUGUGUGAUUGUAGUCUGUGCUGCACUAGUACAGAGGAGGAACCCAACAGCUAGCCAGACAGGAGUUCAUGUCGCUGAUCUCCGAGCAGCACGUUUGCGGAAGCUAGCUGGUGAACAGUCUAAUGCCAAGACAGGAAACUCACCCCUAACUUGUGUGAAAGAAACUGCUACUUUAAAUAGACAACCUUCAAUAGAUUCAAACAGGAAGGACCUUCGAAAAAGAGUUGACAAAAGUGAGGUUACCACCACUAACACCUGUGAGAGGAGAUUCCCUGGAACCAAUAAACCAAGAGAUGGGUCAAAACUUUUAAAUUCAAACAGUGUGAGAUCCGAGCCCUCCUCACUCAAUGAAACAGGGAGGUCACUUUCCUCUAUUGAAGUGGAGCCUUUGGUAGUCACAGCUUCAACACCGGAGUGUACUCCAGUUUUGAUUGCUCCCGGUAAUCAAGGAACUGCAGCUGAUAGGUUUGAAGUAAAAGACAAAGCAGAAGUCAAGAAAGAAAUUUCAACACCAUUGUCCAAGAGACCAACAGCAUCCAAGCAAGAAAAGAUACAGGAUCUGCCAUACCAGGAUGUUGCAAAGAUGGUGUUAAUGCAAGUUCUGGAAUGUUCUAUUGAAAAUCAAACUUCCAAGAAGGAUGCACAUACUCGACGAGUCAAGCCUAAUGCAGACAGAGGUGCGGCAGUUUUGCAAGUUGAAGCAUCUGAACUACCCGUCAGUUGUGAUGACUUAUGCAAGAAAAUAGAAAAACUUCUUGCUAAAAGGAUCUAUCGGGAAAUGGAUCCAAUGAAGUUUGCUAUUCAAUGCUUUGAUCGCUGCUCUCAGCCUCCUGGAAAGAACUUCAAAUUGAUUUGCAAUGGAGAAAAGAUUUGGAAGGAAGUGGCAUCAGCUGUUAUGGGGCCCUGUGUAAAUACGGUUCUGAAGCAUCUUAUCCAUGUUGCUGCAAGUCCUACAGCAGUGGAAGAUGACUUGUGGGCAGAUUUUGUUCAGUCAGGCCAGUCAGAGGGUCCAUCCCAGUAUUUCCUGUCCAGUCUUGGAGGCUGGUCAAGUGAUGGUGUGACAGUUUCUGUAGAACUUCUAAACAGGUUGCUGGAGAAAGGUAAAGAGGAUCCAGAAGUAAAAGAGACGUUUGUUGAAAUGAUAACAGUCGGAGGAAGGCAAGUCGAAAGAGUGAAGAGGAUGAAUGAGCUCACAUUGGAGUGCAAAUGUAUUUUCAGAGGAUUGGAAACCCUGCUUUCUUUGCCUGUUAUGGGUGACUUUCUGGCUGAAGCCCUCGAGCAAGAACUGGACACUGGAAUAAACGAACUGGGUGUCUUCUUUCAACACAAAUCACUGUUCUCUUCCUUCUUGGCAACGUCUACAAUGGAUAUUAAAAUAGACAAGAAAUCGCGUUCUUCUAUUUGUUUUGUUGAGCUGCCUCACUUUCCGCAGGCCUUCCGUAGCGAUGUUGAUCAACUUCAAUCUCAAAUCAUGGAUGGCAUUCAUUCAUGCCAGAACGUUGUUUACAAGGCUCUUGUGAAGUUGUUGAAAACUGAUAAUAAAGACAGGGCAAUAGCUUGGCUGGCGGGUGUUGUGUCACUCAAUGAUCUGAGACUGUCAGCAAAUUUGCCCAGAGAUAACUCGAUGAAAGCAACAGUGGCUAAUGAUGGUUUUAUGGUGAAUCUUUGCUCAGUGGCCCUUCAGAUGUGUGAUUCAUUCCUCCUGACAAAAGGGAAAGAAAAAUACAAACAGAUUGAAGCGCUUUACUGCACCUCCAAAGCUUGCCGUUUAAGAUUCACGAAUGAGCGGACGCUGGUUGGCGGACACACUGGAACAGAAAAUGAGGACAAAACCGAUCUCCGCAGUAUGCUGUUUCCUUCAGGAGAUCUUAAGGGUCAGUUCAAGCUGAUAACAGAGAUGUUUCACAUUACGCAUAGCGCCCUUCACAUCGGGCUCACCACUACCAUUCAACACUACAACAGAAUCAUGAGACAGUACUCAAUGUUAUCUGAAAUGAAGGAAGGUAGCUCUUUUGAAGCGGAAACGAAAAAAAUGCUUGUGUUAUUUGUGCUUCAAUGGAAUACUUGUCUGGAAGACAACCACUUCAUGAGGCUGUGUUCAGAGUUCUACAUCACAAGUGCCGCUUGGCUUCUUCAUCUUCUUGACAGUUGUGCUUCUGAGUAUCAGGGUUUGUCUGAAAACGAAAUCAGAGUCAGGCAGCGGGAGAUACUUGUGAAUAUCCCUGAGUUCUACGUCAAAGACAUGUGCUCUUGGUUCAGUUUCGUCGCCGUACAUAAACCUGGGGCCCUUAAGGGUUUGGACAUUUGCACUUUCGUUGACUGCUGUUGUGCCCUGAUGGAGCGGAGAGACAUAAUGCCCGGGCCAGUGGCAGCCACGAGAACCGUGUCAGCGUUGUUGUCAUUUGCUGAAAUAUGCCAGAGAUCUAAAGGGAAGAACAAACUGUUGGACACAACUACAUGGGGAAGCGGUAUUGAAGGUGACUUGAUGGCCUGCGUUGCUAUGUGCCCAGCGGUGAGAGAAAAACUCGGUCCAGCUCUUAUUCACACUUACUCCUCGGUGGAUAUCGUGGAGGGACUGGACGUGGAUAAAGAAGAGUUCGACAAAUUCGCAGCUAGGUAUGAAAUUGUCAAGUUAUUAGAAACGCUCUGGAAGAGACCCGACGUUUUACCUUCGAUUUUACAAGAAUGUGGAAAGGAAAGUUUUCAGUCAUUCUUAGGUGCUGUGUUCGACACGCUUCUUUACGUUUUGAAAGAUGGCUUGCUCCGACUUACAAAUGUUAGGAAACUUCAGUGUGCUAAGCAGUGCGACGAAAAGUGGAAAGAACUAAGUGUAGAUCAGCGACAGGAGAAGGAACAGUUUUUGAAAGGAGAAGAACACGUUUCCAAAUCUUGUAUGCAAAUGGCGAAUGCAACGCUGGCUUUUCUGGAGAAGAUCACUGAGGAAGAGAAAGUGGCUCGCUGCUUCUCCCGUCCUCCAUUGUCAGCCAGGGCUGCGGCAGCGAUAAUCGGAUUUUUGGACUCAUUAUGCGGCCGCAAGUCUGUGGAUUUGAAAGUCCAGAACAUGGAAAGAUACUCGUUCGACCCUCGUGACCUACUGGUUAAGAUUUUGACAGUGUUAGUGCGCAUGUCAAAUGCCAGUGAGGAGAGGGAGUUUGUGAAAUGCCUUGCCGCUAACCCAGACUACAGCAGGCUCAGCGUGGAGCGAGCCUUACGUGUUGUUCAGCGCGAGAAUCUCGCUUCAGACUUCGUGGUGGAAGACUUGAGAGGAAUUAUACAAGAAGUGAGCUCAUUGCUGGCACGAGAUGACGAAAACUUCUCUUCGGGUGAGAACGAAUUAAUCUCAGACGAUACUGAGUUAGAAGAACCACUCGAGAGGGGUGUGGAGGGAGCUUAUGCACCGGAUCCACGAGACACAGAACAGACUGAUCAAGCCUAUAUUGAAAUACUUGAAUCAAUCAAAUUUGACUCAACCGAACUGGUGGAAUGCCAUGCCUUCCGGUCGUGUGCUAAUCAGCCCAUAUGUUCCAGAUCUGGCAAAGUACGGGCUCUUAUGCGAGAAGCAACCCAACUUAAGAAUAACUUGCCGAUCCACCCAAAUUCUUCCAUUCUUGUCCGGCAGGAUGAAAACCGUAUGGAUUUUGUCCGCGCUCUCAUCACCGGCACGGCAGAUACACCUUACAGUCGAGGGUGCUUUGUUUUCGAUAUCUACUUUCCGUCAUCAUAUCCUGUCGAUCCCCCUCUGGUGAAAAUCAUUACAACUGGUAACGGUACAGUCAGGUUCAACCCGAAUCUCUACGCAGAUGGAAAGGUUUGUUUAAGUUUGUUGGGAACUUGGCAUGGUGGAGAUGCAAGUGAGAAGUGGGAUCCAAAGAAGUCUUCGCUUUACCAGGUUUUGUUGUCAAUUCAAGGCAUGAUGUUUACUCCUGAUCCGUGUUUUAAUGAGCCUGGUUACGAAGGCAUCAAAGGAACCGACGAAGGAGACGCUCUGUGUAAAGAGUACAAUGCAAGAAUCAAACUUCACACGAUACGUCACGCCAUGGUCGGGCAGCUACGUGAACCAGCACCUGGCUUUGAAGAAGCCAUUCGCACUCACUUUCGUCUUCAAAAAGAGGCUGUCUUAAAGCAGUGUGCUGAAUGGCUCACACAGUGUACUGAUGCUGAGGAAGACAGACGCAUGCGCAAGGCCGUGGAUACGUUAAAAAGCGAACUCGACAAGCUUUAGAGAAAAGAAGAGGGAAAGACAGGUGAAUUCAAAUGUUGACCAUGUGAAUCUCUCGGCUUCGCAAGAUACUUAAAACUACGCGAAAUAAUCCAGGACUUGGUUAAGUCUUUUUUUUCCGGGAAGGCGAACGCUCACGUAACACCUCAGUAGUGAUCUACCUUUCCAGUGCAGCAUGUUUUAGUUUUAAAUUGUGACUUCCAAUUUAUUUAUUGUGAUGUCUGUUGUCCAGCAUGGCCACGGUCGAGUACCCAUCCCAUCUCCACAGAAGCAGAGAAAGGGUGGGAUUAUGUCUUUAUUUGCCGGAGUUAAAUGAAAUAGGCCAUUUCCGAAUUACCUUUUGCUUCAUUUUUAAAACGAGACCUGGUACCCAACCAUUCGUAUGAAAAUGGGUUUAACUUGCACAUAAAUGAAAACUUAAAAUCGUAUGAAAGGAUUGGCACCAGGACUCGCUUUGAAAAUGAGGCCAAAGAGUUAAUUCGGAAAUGGGCUAUUGAGAACAAGAAUCUGUAAGGCCUUUCCGCCCAGUUUUCCUUUAGCUUUGACCGAGAUGUGACCAUAUUGUUUUGACAAGCUAUGAACAAUAUUUUACUGUAAAAGCGCGGCGAAAAUGAGAUUAUAUUUUAAGGGUAAAAGGUUAUAUUCACAAAAUGAACCGAUUAAUUAGCAAUAAAAGAAUUUUAGUGGAAACUAA